CAAGGAGACGAACAAGGCCCCUACCGAGGUCUGCGGUAUUUAGUGGGAAGAAUAUUCUGCACCUGGGCUCCAGAAGGAAGGGCAAGAGGCAGAGUUGGACGAAGGAGGUGAUCGAUCGAUCGAUCAAUCAAUCGAGCUUCGAAGGAAGUGCAGAGGAAUCGCCAAGAGGUACAAAUCCGCAGCCUCGAGCAGCGCCCGUCGUCCGUCGUCCAGGUGACAGGAGAGUAGGGAGCAGCAGCGGGGAGCACGAUGCAGGCCGCUUUGCGAUCAUCUGCUAUUACCGUGCGGAACGCCUUCCUACAGCAUUUGCGCCUGACUGUGGCGGCUACGAGUCACAGAGUGCCCAUUUUGCUCGAUAGCAGAGUUUCCUUCUCCAGUGAUCAUGGCACCUACUUGGACAAGUCCUCGGUCACUGAUCGCAUCCUUGAGCUAGUGAAAAAAAUGGAGAAAGUCGAUCCUGCGAAGGUGACUCCACAAGCUUCUUUUCAAGGUGAUCUAGGUCUUGACAGUCUUGACACUGUGGAGGUCGUGAUGGCCAUUGAGGAAGAAUUCGCACUUGAGAUCCCUGACGCUGAAGCUGACAAAAUAUCCUCAUGUGCGGAAGCUAUCGAGUAUGUUGCAGCACAUCCACGGGCCAAGUAGGAGAAUUCAAGCUGUUACAUGAUCCUUACAACAUUUUUCGGGCUUCUUUCCAGUCAAUUAGGUGUUCCAAGUCCAAGCAACUGGUGUUGCUGUUUUAAUUGUUAGCGAUCGGCAGAAGAUCCCUCAACUGCCUCAGCAUGCAGAGUGCUGGUCUUUUUGGUCGAUCGAAUCAUAUGUAGGCAAGUGCGCGAAUUUGACAACACCAUGGUUUUCGCCAACGAUUAUUGACAGUGAAGGAUGUGAAGUUCAGAAAUUUUGCUCCAUUGUUUAUCUUUUUUGGGUUGUAUUCCGUUCAUUUGACUAUAUUUUCCAGUGAAGAAGAGAACAACCCUUUGCUGUGAUUGUUCUGCUAGUUUUAUAUGGUAUGCAAGAUGUGGGCAUCGCUCCUUGACCACUCCAGGUUUGUGGAGGACUGGAAUUCUUCCAUCAGCUAUUUCUUACCUCUCAUGAAAACACAGUGCAUGAGAACCUGCUUAUCUCGCUGAUCUUAGCAAUAUAAACACUUUGAUUAAAGUUGCAAAUUUAUAACACAUACUGACCAACCUGGUCUGCAAGCAUUUAUGCUAUAUUUGUCUGGUGCACU